CUUCUCUCCUAGGGUUUUCUUCGCUACACAUACCAGUGAAGCACGAACUCAAACAUGUAUCUCUCUCUGAUCCAUACCGAUUGCCGGUCACAAUACAAAGCCGUUCAUCGUCUUUCUGGUAAGGAUUUGUCCGUUACAUCUUCGGUCUUCAACGAAUUCAUCCUUUCCUAACCGAAGAAUCUCCUUCUAUUAACCCAUUCGGUCCCAAUACCUUAAACCAUAAGAGAGAGAAUAGUGCUGUUGAGGAUAAACCACUAUGGAGAUUGCACCGGCGGUCUCCGCGUCGAACGGCGCCGGCGAAGCGAGGGACGCCACCGGCACAUCGUCCUCCUCCGUGAAAUCUUCCUCUUUUUCUCCUUCGGAAAAGGAGAUGAAUAAUAUAAGUAAUGCUAGCGUGCCCAGCAAGUAUGAUGAUGAAGCGGACGAGUGUCGGAUUUGUUGGAACCCGGCGACGCUGACAAUCCUUUAUAGAUUCCUUGCUCGUGCAGUGGAAGCGUCAAGUUUGUUCAUCAAGAAUGUCUUCUUCAGUGGCUUAAUCACACCAACGAUCGUCGAUGCGAGUCUGAAUGUCCAACGCAAAGGAGGUCUUCCAAGUUGGCCACACCACGUCUCCCACUUGCCUGUGUGUUUUCAACAGAGACAUUCAGGAGCAUAG